UUGUUACCGCAGUUGCUACCACAGCUGCGAUGACACCUGCCAUAAAGGACUGUAAGGGCUUCCUUUUUGGUGGACUUAGUCCGUAUGAAAAGAAGCAGAACUUCCAUUUUCCAAUGGCUAGUGAGUUGAGAAGACAUAUGGCAUUCCAAGUGCUGGUGUCUUUUGAGGACGUGGCUGUGGACUUUACCUGGGAGGAGUGGCAGAAUCUGGAUGAUGCUCAGAGGACCCUAUACAGGGAAGUGAUGCUGGAGACCUACAGCACCCUGGUGUCUUUGGGGCAAUGCAUGACCAAACCUGAGCUGAUCAUCAAGCUAGAGCAAGGAACAGAACUUUGGAUGGGAAAAGAAUCCCCAAAUCAGAACCCACCAGAUGUCCAGAAAGUGGAUGUCAUAAUUCAGAGCUGUGAGGAAAGUCAAGACACCCAUUUGUGGCAAGCUGGAGUCACUAUCAAGAAGAGAGUUAUAUUAAGACAUACCUUUCAUUUGAGUUCCAACCAUAUUUCCAAUUUGAUUGUAAAGAAUGCAGUCUCUUUGGGAGUGAAGCCUGAGGAGUUGAAUGUGUGUCAGAACAGUCUUCGCCCUAGUAUGCCUAAUGGGAUGUAUGUGGUUGACAAACCCUAUCAGUGUAAUCAAUAUGGAAAAUCCUUUGUCCAGAAGUCACACCUUACCAAGCAUGAGAGAAUUCAAAGUAGAGAGAAGCUCUAUCAGUGUAAUCAAUGUGGAAAAACCUUUCGCCGGAAGUCAAAUCUCACCAGGCAUGAGAUAAUUCACACUGGGGACAAGCCCUAUAAGUGCAGUCAGUGUGGAAAAACCUUUGCCUGGAAGUCAUACCUCACCACACAUCAGAUGAUUCACACUGAGGAGAAACCCUAUAAGUGUAGUCAGUGUCAUAAAACCUUUGCCUCAAAGUCACAACUCACUAGGCAUAAGAUGGUUCACACGGGAGAAAAGCCCUAUCAUUGUAGUCAGUGUGGAAAAUCUUUUCACCUGAAGUCAACUCUUGAUAGACAUGAGAUAAUUCACACUGGGGAAAGGCCCUAUCAAUGUAAUGAGUGUGGAAAAACCUUUAGCUGGAAAUCAAAUCUCGCCAAGCAUGAGAUAAUUCACACUGGGGAGAAGCCCUAUCAGUGUAAUCAGUGUGGAAAAACCUUUUGCCGGAAGUCAAGACUCAGCAGUCAUGAGAUAAUUCACACUGGGGAGAAGCCCUAUCAGUGCAGUCAGUGUGGCAAAACAUUUGCCUGGAAGUCAUACCUCACCUUGCAUCAGAUGAUUCACACUGAGGAGAAGCCCUAUAAGUGUAGUCAGUGUCAUAAAACCUUUGUCUCAAAGUCACAACUCACUAGGCAUAACAUGAUUCACACUGGGGAGAAGCCCUAUCAGUGUAGUCAAUGUGGAAAAUUCUUUCAGCUAAAGUCAACUCUGGAUAGACAUGAGAUAAUUCACACUGGGGAAAGGCCCUAUCAAUGUAAUCAGUGUGGAAAAACCUUUAGCCUGAAAUCAAAUCUCACCAAGCAUGAGAUCAUUCACAGUGGGGAGAAGCCAUAUCAGUGUAGUCAGUGUGGAAAGUCCUUUCACCUGAAGUCAACCCUUGAUAGACAUGAGAUAAUUCACACUAGGGAAAGGCCCUAUCAAUGUAACCAGUGUAGGAAAACCUUUAGCCUAAAAUCAAACCUCACAAAGCAUGAGAUAAUUCACACUGGUGAAAAGCCCUAUCAGUGUAAUCAGUGUGGAAAAACCUUUCGGAGGAAGUCAAGACUCAGCAGUCAUGAGAGAAUUCACACUGGGGAGAAACCCUAUCAGUGCAGUCAGUGUAGCAAAACCUUUGCCUGGAAGUCAUACCUCACUGUGCAUGAGACAAUUCACACUGGUGAGAAGCUCCAUACGUGUAGUCAGUGUCAUAAAUCCUUUGUCUCAAUAUCACUACUCACUAGGCAUAAAAUGAUUCACACUGGGGAGAAGCCGUAUCAGUGUAGUCAGUGUGGAAAAUCCUUUCAACUGAAGUCAACUCUUGAUAGACAUGAGAUAAUUCACACUGGUGAGAAGCCCCAUGAAUGUAAUCAGUGUGGAAAAACCUUUAGUCUGAAAUCAAACCUCACCAAGCAUGAGAUCAUUCACACUGGGGAGAAGCCCUAUCAGUGUAGUCAGUGUGGAAAAUCCUUUCACCUGAAGUCAACCCUUGAUAGACAUGAGAUAAUUCACACUGGGGAAAAGGCCUAUCAAUGUAAUCAGUGUAGGAAAACCUUUAGCCUGAAAUCAAACCUCACCAAGCAUGAGAUAAUUCACACUGGCGAGAAGCCCUAUCAGUGUAAUCAGUGUGGAAAAACCUUUGGCCAGAAAUUACAUCUGAGCAGGCAUCAGACCACUCACAAGAGAGGAGACUUAAAGGUAGAAGAUCUUUCUCAGAAAUCAAACCUCAGGAAACAUUAGAGAAUUCACAUGAAGGGAAUAUCCUGUAUGGCUGAGACUAGUUAUGUGUCCUCCAAGAGCCAUUUACAUUUCUCUGUGUUAUGGCAAACUUUU